AUGGGUCGCAGUCGUAGCCGCUCGCCACGGAGAGAGCGAAGGCGGUCCCGGUCCACAUCCCGGGAGAGAGAACGCAGACGCCGAGAAAGGUCCAGGUCUCGGGAGAGAGAUCGAAGGAGGAGCCGCUCUCGAUCACCACACAGAAGACGCUCCAGAUCACCAAGACGACAUAGAUCUACAUCCCCUUCCCCUUCUCGACUGAAAGAAAGAAGAGAUGAGGAAAAGAAAGAAACAAAAGAAACAAAGAGCAAAGAACGUCAGAUUACUGAGGAGGACUUAGAGGGCAAAACAGAGGAAGAAAUAGAAAUGAUGAAGUUAAUGGGGUUUGCCUCCUUUGACUCCACAAAAACAAUAAUAACAAUCCGUGUGAAAGACUUUGAGAGCACAGAGGAAGAAGCAGUGAACCGCCAUCGGAAUUAA